AUGAUUGUGAGAAGUAAUAGUUUUAAGUACCUAGGAUCGGUAUUACAAAGUAAUGGAGAAAUAGAUGGAGAUGCAUGCAGUAGAAUUAGGGCUGGAUGGAUGAAGUGGAAAGAAGCGAGUGGUGUGUUGUGUGACAGAAAAAUUCCAAUGAAGCUGAAGGGAAAAUUCUAUAAAACAGCCAUAAGACCGGCUAUGAUGCACGGAACUGAAUGUUGGCCAGUGAAAAAGAAAGAGGAACAACGAAUGCAUGUGGCGGAAAUGAGAAUGCUUAGAUGGAUGAGUGGAGUGACAAAGAAAGACAAAAUUAGAAAUGAGUAUAUUAGGGAAAGUCUAGGUGUGGCACCAAUUGAUGCUAAAAUGAGAGAGCAUAGGUUAAGAUGGUUUGGUCAUGUUCAACGUCGAGACGAUAAUCACCCAAUACGAAGAAUAGCUGAAGUGCAGAUUCCUGGAAGGAGUAGGAGAGGAAGACCAAAGAAGACCUGGGAGGAGACGAUAAGGCAGGACAUGUUGGUAAAGGGGAUUAACAUUGAUAUGACCCAAGAGAGAAUUGUGUGGAUUUUCCACGAUAAGUAUAUAACAUUAUUGAAACCUUAUGAAGGCAGGAAGGACGAAGACGGUUACAAAGAGAAGCUAUUAAAGUUUGGUGAGGAUAGCAAGAAAUUGUUUGAUAUUGAAACUUGCAGUUCAGAGAUUGCAACUGUCCUAGAAACCGAAAGAUUCCAAUACCGGAACGAAAUUUUUUAA